AGACGUUUUAAAACUAAAAAAAGGCUAGACCUGGUAGGGAAGGGUUUGCAGAAUGGAGCGAAUAGAGAUAUUGCACGCAUUUGCUGCGUUUCUCUUAGAGUUUCUAUGACAACAGUUUGUUAUGGCAAAGAAUGUUGGACAGAGGGAGCCUAGUGCUUGAUUGGGGCGUAUUGUGUACAGGAAGAGGUUGCUGAUUGGUCUGAAGAAAGCACCAGAAGAAAGCACCAUUUAUGUUGAUUCACAGGGCUCAAGUGGUAAAACUAUUAUUAUUAUUUUUUUAAGUUCAGUCGCUCUACUGGGACGCCAUCUCUCAAGUCAGAAGAGUCACCGGGUGAGUAUCUGACAAAAUGGAAGCAGAGAUUUUCAUCCGCUGGUGAUGUACGGUGUUUGGAUGAUUUGAUUCUCUCAGACUCACGAUGUGAAAAUGGCAUGCGGCGACAGCGAGGUGAAAACUUUAUUAAAUUUUGUGAACCUGGCAUCGAGUGAUAUCAAGGCGGCAUUGGACAAGUCGGCCCCGUGUAGGCGAUCGGUGGACCACAGGAAAUAUUUGCAGAAACAACUGAAACGCUUUUCUCAGAAGUACUCCAGGAUCCCCAGAUGUCACACGUUCAGGUCAGCGGAAUCAAACAUUGCCAAGGCUCUGGAGGACAGAUCCAGUGUGUACGCCUUAGAGGCUGCAAAUUGGAACAUAAAUGUGGGACAGUUGAGUGAAAAGUUCGGGUCAGAUCAGGGACGUGAAGAGCCAAUUAACCCAGAACAAAAUUUAAAAAACGAAAGGGACAACGGUAGACAAGAUCAGGUGCCUAUGAGGAAACGACAACUACCUGCGUCCUUCUGGGAAGAACCGAGAGCGGCCAAUAGCUUGGAGAAGCACGAGCCCUUUCAGUCUGUCUGGAAGAAAAAACAGGUUAUCAGUGACGGUGGACUCUCGGUCCACAGAUCCGAGGAUCAGAAGAGAAAGAAACGGUCCGAGGUACCAAAGUCACAUUCAGCACUUGCUACCCAACAGAGCAUAGCUGAGAAGGAGCCAGUGACUUUGGAGAUGGCUUCCUUAACCAGCAGGAUGAACCUGUGUGGCUGCUGUCCAUUUCAGUACCACGGACAACACGUUUACCAAAGCCAUAUAAUCUUGCCACAGUCAGGGUUUUGUGACGUUGGACUCUGGGGGAAGGCUUCCACCCCGCGGACAGAGGCACACAGCUUCUCAAAAGACCCAAUAAUUGGACAAAAGGGCCACCCACAUGUCGUUUUGAAGCCAAUCCCAACAAAACCGGGUGUCCCUUCGCCAAUUUUCAGUGUUUUUGGAUUUGUUUAAAUUAAAAAGAGGAGCUUAUACAGUGAACUCAGAAACAUAUGUUAUAAAUGAUCAUUGGAGUAAAGUGUCUUGUGAAUAAUGUGUAUCCCUUAGUAUUAUUAUUAUUUGUUUAUAAAAAGUACAUGUAAAAAUAUUCGAAGACACUUGUUUUAAAAAGCCUUAAAUACAGCGAACGGUUUCAAGUAUAAGCACUUUUAACAUUUGUACAUGUUAAGGAAAGAGGCAAAAAAAUAAGCCCAAAGUGUAUUCACUGGCUGUGCAUACUUUGCAUUUACGGGUGAGAAGCAUGUAAACUUUUAUUUUUUUAAUGAAUCUUAUUAAUACUUUCUAAAGCUCAUCACCAGUGUGAGAAGUACUGCCUGUAUUAAUAUUCGCUAAUCAGAUGCAUGAGUUACUGGUAACUGUUCCAAUAAUGCCCUCUGAAUCCCAUCAAACCCAUAAAGUAGAAUACAAUCAUUACCAAAUAACUGGGAUCUCAAUUUACACUGUGGCCUAUAUGGCAGCAUGAAGUAAAACAACAGAGGAACUGUAGUGCAGAAGAUUUCAAUUGUAAAAAUAAGGGCAGGGGAGUUCUGAUUUAGAAAUAAACUUACCAAAUACAUUGAUAAAUGUUUUUUUCCUGUGUAUUCUAGAACCGUAUAGUUCUUUCUGUCUUUAUCUGAACCCAUGCUAUAAAUUGGACAGAAGAAGGCUAUAUAGACACUUUAAAUUCAGCUAUGUUAGUGAAUACCACAUCUCAGAUGUGUAGUUAUGUGUGACUCUAUGCUUAUGUUGAUAUUGACACAUAGAUCCCUUGUAGAAUUUGAAUCAUUGAAGUAAUAGGACAUUUGAAUUAAACUAAUUAAUUCGCAAUGGAGGGAUUGCGGGAAGAAAACAUAAUUGAGUGUCUAUAAAACAAUACCGCAUUCAAUCAAGUUAUACUGCAACAUUUUUUAAAAUGUCCUAAUUAGUCUUGCAAUGUAGAUUCCUAAAGCAAUUACAAUAAAUUAGAUAUGCUUUCUAAA